AUGGUCAGAGCCGAUAAUAAUAGUAGUACAAUAACAGAAGAAGAAUGGGAAAGUUACGAUGAAGAAGAUUUAAAUGAAAAUCAACAAGAUGAUGAUUAUUCAAGUGAUGAAGAUGAAUAUGACGAGAAUGCAAUUGUUUUCAAUGAAGAAGAUUUUGAAGAUUUGGAAGACUUAAUGAAUGAAUUUGAACAAAAUAAAAAAGAAUUUGAAGAGAACCCAAAAUCAAUGGAAGAGAAUAUUAAAUCUGCUGAUAAGAAAUUAAAAGAAACCACUACCAAAACAAAUAAAAAAUCAACACAUUUGGAUUCAAAACAAAAACCACCACAAAAAAAAAAAACUGAUGAAAAUUUUGAUAAAAAACAACAAAAGACCAAAACCCAAGAACAAACACACACACAACAAAAAAAACAACAAAAAGUAGAACAACCAAUAAAAAAAGAGGAAAAAACAACAAAUAAAGAUAAAAAUAAUAAUAAUAAUAAAGAUAAAAAACCACAAUCAACAAAGAAACAAACUGAAAAUAUUGUUAAAAAGGAACAACCAAAACUAGAAAAACCAAAUAACAACACUAAUAAUAAUAAUAAUAAAGAGCCAGAACAAACUCAACAAGAUGAAUUUUUUAUUAAACCAACUAAAAAUAUUGAUGAUUUCUUCCUUAGCAAUAAGAAUGAUGAUAAAAAAGAUUCUGAUUCAAAAUCAACUGAAAAAGUUGAACCAAAUUUAAAAUUCAACCCAAAACCAUACGAAAUUGAAAGAAAACCAUAUAUAAAAUCAACAAUAAAUACAACCCAAAUUCAAAAUAAUAAUAAUAAUAAAACUUUUAAUAAUAACAAUAAUAAUAAUAAUAAUAAAACUUUUAGUAGUAGUAUUAAUAAUAAUAAUAAAAAUAAUAAUAAUGAAGAAACAUUCCAUAAUAAUUAUAAAAAUAAUUAUAAAUUUAAAGAGAAUCGUAAUUUUAAUGGAAAUAGUACAGGUAGAGAAUUAACAGAGAAAGAGAAAUUAAAUAGAUUUAAAAGAAUUGCAAGUCAUAGUAAAAGUCAAAAGAAAAUUGAAGAAAGAAUUAAUGAAAGUAUAGAUUCAAAAAAAAGAAAUAUGGAAUCAUUAUUUGUUACAUCUUUAAAUGAUGAUAAAGCAGUUAGAAUGAAAAAGAAACAACGUUUAGGUCAAAGAGCUAGAAAAUUAUUAGCUGAGAAUAUAUUUGGUAAAGAUGCAAACCAUCUUAAAAAUUCAAAUCCAAAUUCAAAUUCAAACCCAAAUCCAAAUCCAAAUCCAAAUAAUAAAAAUAAUAAUACAAAAACACCAACAACAACAACACCAACAACAACAAAAACAACAGCAGCACCUGAAAAAUCUCAUCCAUCAUGGGAAGCAAAGAAAAAACAAAAAAUUUCGACAACAAUCCAAAUUGGUAAUAAAAAUAAUGAUAUAGUUACUUUUGAUGAUUAA